UAUCGGCGUUGGUACUUAGAAAGAUAUGCCUUUUUUGUGUUUGGUGUGGGACAGAAGUGUUCGGUAGUUUGAGACUUUGUUUAUAAACAAGUGUAAUGUGUAUAGAGUGACGUAGUGCGGCUAGAGUGGCGAAUGUAGAAAUGAUAAGCAAUAAACUUUGCCGCCUGUGCGCAAGAGAAAGGGAAGGCUCCAUCAGAAUAUACGAAGAAGAAGGCCAGAAAUUGAAUCUUGCAACAAAGAUUAUUCAGUGUCUGCAGAUUUGGUUAUACCCAGAGGAUCCACUACCAAAAACUGUUUGCUUGGAGUGCUGCACGAAGUUGAAUCAAUACUUUGAUUUCUUUGAAACAAGCUCACGUGCACAGUUAUCACUGCAGAUAUUAUUUGAUCCGAAAGUAGCGAAAGAAGAAUUCAAAGCUGACUCUCUUGAUAUUGUCGCAAAGGUAGAACCCAAUGACAGGACCAAAAAACCCUCAAGUGAUCGUGACACUGGUGGAGGAGAAGAUGAUGAAGAUGAUGAUGAUGAGGAGGAGGGGGAGGAGGAGCAGGAGGAGGAGGAGGAGGAAGAAGGAGAUGGAUCUAAUUAUAACAUUGAUGGGGCACUAGAUGAAUAUGAUUCUCCCACUGAGACCAACGCAGAGCCUCCUGAAUUUGUAGAGUGUGUUCUCUCUGACAGAGACAUCAACACACACAAUGAACAAAAAACUGGUUCAUCAGCUUCUUCCCGACGAAAACGGUGUGUUCCUGUUAAGCGAACGGCUCCGGUGAAGGAGCGAUUGGCAGUUCGAGAUAAAACUUCAGUGAAAGACAGUGUCCCAUCUAAAUCUAAGAAUUCUGUUAAAGAACGGUCGAUGAGGAGGGAGAGGUCAAUUUCAGAAGAACGAAUCCCACUCGAGCAGAGGCUGCUUAUGGUGAAGGAAACUAGAACAGAAAAGAAAGAGAAGGAAAAUAGUGAAAUUGAAGAUCUCAAACCUAUAGAACCUGAACGUAACCCUGAAAAUGAGGAAUUUUGUGGAAUUAAGGAAGAAAAUAGUGAGGAAGAAAACAUGUCUGAAGGGAAGGCUCUAAAAAAGAAGAGUGGGUCAUCAAGGAAAAAAAAAGAUGGGGAAGCAAAGCCCAGACCAAAGACUGUUAUGGACGGAUAUUCGUGGCAGUGCACAGACUGCACAGCUGUGCUAAGCAGUCUGCAGGAGCUGCGGUCCCAUCAUCAGACUGAGCACAACCAACCACCAAAUUUCAAGUGUUCUCAGUGUGCCAAGGUUUAUACAAGAUACCGAAGUUUUGCAAGACACGUGAAGCUUCAUGGCAAUCCAAAGAAAUUUAGGUGUGAAGAAUGUGGCAAGUGUUUCUCUCAGAAGACGGUGCUGCAGUCCCACAGCACAGUACACACUGAUGCGAGACCACACGUGUGUCCACAAUGUGGCAAAGCUUUCAAGCAGUUCAGCUCACUGUACCUGCACAGCAAGUGUCAUUUGCCAGACCAGGUGAAGCCUAAAUUCCCGUGUGACAUCUGCCACAAAGACUUUGCUACAAAACAUACGUUGGAGACUCACCGUAAGAUACACACAGGAGAGCGAAAUUACAUAUGUGACGUAUGUGGUAAAAGUUUUAUAGCGAAAGGCAGUUUAGAUUACCACAUUUUGACCCAUUCAGGAGAAAAACCACAUCACUGCCCAGUUUGUGGGAAAGGAUUCAAGACUGCACGACUUCUGGGAAAGCAUGCGACUUUACAUACUGGUAUCAAGCCUCAUCAAUGUGACGUGUGUGGAAAACAAUUUCGGGAACGUGGAGCACUGAGGGAGCAUAACCGGAUACAUACUGGUGCUAUGCCAUAUACGUGUGAGUUCUGUGGAAAGAACUUCCGUUUCAAGGGUAUUCUCACUGUGCACAGGCGGCAGCACACGGGGGAGAGGCCAUACAGCUGUCAGGAGUGCAGGCGAGAGUUCACAAAUUGGGCAAACUACAAUAAGCACAUGAAGAGGCGUCACCGGAACAGUGAUGACCCUAAUGCCUUAAAUACCAACAGAAGCACUACCCGUACUUACCAGGCUCCCACAAACACAAUACAUAGCAGUAUUAUGGCACCAGACAGUAUGAAGAUGUUACCACAGCAAAGUGGUAGUGUAAUGACGUCGACAGCUGUUGUUUCUGCCGUGCCACCACCUUCGUCAGUAUCUUCUCUCGGUGGUCCGUACAAUUUGAGCAGUAAUCACACGAAUAGUGGUAUUGGUGACAGUAGUAGUAAUAGUGGUUUAGGACCAACUGGAAUGCCAGUAGUACAGGGAGGUGUACUGUACCAGAACCAUCCUAAUAUUGGCGCAGGCGUUGCCAAAAUGUCUGUUGGAAGUAUGUACGGAUCACAUACUAAUACAAACAAAGUGGCAGUGUCAAACGUGUUUCACAAUACUGGCAAUAGUGAUAUGAAUCACAUUGCUGCGAAGAUGCCCACAAUUGGUAACAUGUAUCACCAUCAGCAGGACGGUAGCCAGGAUGCAGUCGAUAGAACUUCUGCACAGACAAAUCUUAUGAAUUCGUAUCACGUUCACUCGUAUGUGCCAGCUGCAUUACCAUUAAGCAACAUGGGAUAUUAUAUACCGCCUAUACACCACACAGAUCCUAGCAUGGAUAUGCUGCACAACAGGAUGACAACCAACCAGUAAACUUUGAGGUGGCGAAGGAACUGCAGUUACAGAUGAGACUGGGAUGGAUUCCUUCAGCACUGUGAAAUGGCUGCUGUUACUAGAGAUUUGUGUAUAUCAUGAACCUUUAAUGUUUUGUUCAAGCGAACAAUAAGGUGGUCUGUCAUAUUUAGUGUGUCUUUUAACAUUAAGACACGUUUAUUAUAUUUCCUAAGUGAAAUCUCUUAAAAAGCUUUACUAUGGUAAUAGGAAAGUAAUACUUGUGUAUAUUACACAGUUUAUGGUUGUUGUUGCAUAGUGCCAUACAUUUUUAUAGAUUUACAAUACCUGCCAGUCAGACGGUUUUUACUAUUAACAUAUAUAAUGCUUUUUCUCACAUAAUUUUUAAUAUGAGCUGUUGGUGCAUCAUUGUGUGUCUUCACUACAAUGUGUGAAAUAUUAAUACAGUGAAGUUGUAAAUAUUUUAUUUGAGCAGAAAUAAUUUUAUAUUUAUGAAUUUUUUUCUCUUCAUCUAUUUUUCUCACUAAAGUAUUUUUAAUGUGGCUGCCACAUGACACGUUUUUAAAACCGAUACUUUUAUUUUAAUUCAGAUAACUCUGCUGCGAAACUUUGUCUAACAAUAGUACAAAAAAAAGAUUUGUUGCAGUUGCAACUGAACUACAAUGUAAGUCUUUUCACUCACUUUACAUUUUUUUGUGUCAGAGAAAAUAAGAUAGUGCUAAGUAUUAGAUGUUGCAUCAGAUAUUAUGUUCCUAUUGUACAAAGAGAUUUUUUUAAGGAUAAUAUUUUAUAAAGAGGGAAGUACAUGUGGUAGGAUAAGGACAAAUACAUGUACACCUUGCAUGAUGUAAAAGGUAGCUUGUGCUAUACUGAUUGUACAGAACAUUUAUCAUAAUUUAGAAGAGGCAGUUCACUUCUGUUCCCAACAUAAAUGCAUCAGAUUUUAUUUUAUUUUAGAAUUAAUUCCAAGAAAGAGAUAACUGAUAUUAGUGUCACAGGAAGUCUACAAGGCAUCUGAAAUAAUUUUAAAAGAGAUAGGCUGAGAUAAUGAACAACAAUAAAGCAUAAUCAUAACUCCUGCUCAGAAGAGUAGAGAAUAAUCUAUCUGCACUUUUGCAGUGAUAAUGUUCUGUUGCCUUGAAACAGCAAGCACUUAUUAAUAUUCACCACAUUCUCAGAUUUCGAAACAAUCAUCAUGUUAAUGCUGGAAUUUUACAUAUUUUGUUCAGUAUGUUAUAUCAGUUGUUCAUCACUGUACCCUUUGUAUGGUCAGCGAUCUUAUUGCAAAUUUGAUUUCAGGGGUGUCUUUAAAGGAGGUGCUGCCAUAAUUUAAGCAAUGCAUAAUGUGAAAUACAUGAAAGACUGUUUUUGUCGUUUAAGUAAGACAUUUUUUCUGAAAAAUUAUAUUGUAAAUAACACAGUGCGAAUUAUUAAUUGUUUUCUAACUUACCAUUAUUUGAUUUAAAGUAUUAUUAAAAACAGAUUUUUUAUGCCUUAA